AGGUGUUUGAUGGAGUUAGGGGGCGCCCACACGUGGUGAAGGAAAGCAUCAGUAACUGCAGCGACAGCGUCAGUCAGCCGGAAUUCAACAGGCAUUCUACUUGGGCUAGGAAACAACUGCGAAAAGAGCCAUACCAAAGAGGGACAAAGAACCCCCCACCCCCCAAAAAAAAAAGAGCGUCGUAGAUGCAAGGUCAAAUCGUAGCCAGUUCUCUCAGCUAGUUAGUUUCACAGCCGCAGCUUGUCUAUUUCACUGAGAGCUCUCGGCAACAGCCUUCCACACAGAAGCAAACAGGAACAUGCUAAUGCUUCCUCGACCUGACCAUGAAGACGCGGGGAGCUCCAACAUUGCCCGGGCAUUGAUUUGACUUUGUGUCAGUCUGUCUCAUGUGAACCAAUAUAUCUGAGAUUGAAGAUGAUGUUCUACAGUGAAGGCUUCAUUGACUAAAUGGAAAGGAAACUGACGAUGAGCAGGAAAUAAAGUUUGAUACAUUAAGAGAUCAGAAAUGUUGUACCGAAGACUGCGAUAUUUUCGAUACAGGCUAUUUCGAUGGAUUCUGACAGGAAUUUGCUGCUCAUUAACAUUACUAUUUCUUGUAAGACGUGACAAGGGUCCUGUGAAUGAGCACCAAAAUUUGGAGCUUGUGGAAGAGGACCCCAGAUAUUAUGUAAAUUGCACUGGCAUUAUCAAUGGAGAUGAAGAGACGAUAAAACUGGCAAAACUUCAGGCACUCACAACUGUGUACAAAAAGCGUCCUGUGCUUAAUGAAAAAGAUUACAUAGAUUUGACCAAACAUUGCUCCAACUUCACCAGAUUACAAAGAUAUAUCACAUUUCCACUUAGCAAAGAGGAAGAAGAAUUUCCAAUAGCAUAUUCAAUAGUAAUCCAUCACAGGAUUGACAUGUUUGGAAAACUUUUACGCUUAAUAUAUGCACCUCAAAAUUUUUAUUGUAUUCAUGUUGACAAAAAAUCAUCUCAGAGCUUCUUGGACGCAGUUCGGAGCAUAGCUUCCUGCUUUGACAAUGUUUUUAUUGCCAGCCAGCUCGAAAAUGUAACCUAUGCAUCCUGGAGUAGGGUUCAGGCUGAUGUAAAUUGCAUGAAAGAUCUCCUUCAAAAGAAUUCAACAUGGAAAUACUUGAUCAAUCUUUGUGGCAUGGAUUUCCCUUUAAAAACCAAUUUGGAAAUGGUGGAAAAACUCAAGGCUUUAAAAGGAGCAAACAGCUUAGAAACUGAGAAGACUGCUCCACAUAAAGAAAAGAGAUGGAAACAUAGUUAUAAGAUAAUGAAUGGGAGAAUAAAGGACACAGAAAUGAAUAAAGAUGCUCCUCCAAUUGAAACACCAAUGUUUUCAGGAAGUGCCUACUUCAUUGUUAGCAGAAGUUUUGUGGAAUAUUUAUUUCGAAGCCCUAAAAUACAAAAGUUUAUUGAAUGGGAAAAGGAUACUUUCAGUCCAGAUGAACACAUGUGGGCAACAUUACAAAGAAUACCUGAUAUGCCUGGAUCAGUCCCUGUUAAUAACAAAUAUGAUAUCUCUGACAUGAACUCUUUAGCAAGGCUAGUAAAAUGGAGUUACCUUGAGGGUGAUGUUUCCAAAGGAGCACCUUAUCCACCUUGCACCGGUGUACACGUCCGUUCAGUGUGUGUAUUCGGAGCAGGGGAUCUGAAAUGGAUGUUGCAGCAGCAUCACCUAUUUGCCAAUAAGUUUGACACCGAAGUUGAUGGGUUUGCACUUCAAUGUUUAGAGGAGCAUCUAAGACAUAAAGCUAUCAACCAUCUUUUAAGUUAUACUGAGGCAUGAUCUUCCUAAAGAUCUGGGGAAGAAAUUUCUCAAGACAGAAUCAGAGGCUGCCUGUCUUUCUUCAUAAUUUCAUGAUCUGCAAACACAUUAUAAAAAAAAAUUUAUGAAGCAUACAACCCUGAUAUUGAAUGCAGGAAUUUAAUGCCAGGCUAUACCUAGGCUAAGGGCAAGCAUUCCUGCUCCUCUGCCCACAAGCUAUUCUGUAAUGGCAAUUUCCUUUUCCUCACUCCUCUUGAGGCCUAGAAAAUCUGGCCAGCCAUGUUAAACCUACAAUGUAGUUUAUGUGUGAGACUCGCAAUCUCAUAUAAUUAUUAAAUGGACAUCCUGUCUCUUGGAAACUGGGAUAACCAUCCAUUUGUCGUUUUACCUUCACUGGCAGGUUGAAGUUGAAUUUGAAAUUUUAAAAACACCUCACGCUGGGUGUUAAGAGUACCCCCAUUAUUCCUGCUACUGAAUUUUAAUUGCAGACCGAUAAUUAUGGAGAAAAACUGCCAUAUUCCUAUUUUUCAUUAUAUUUGCUCUUUUCAUUAAAAAUUGACCAGGCUGGUACUGGGUUGAUGGCUCAUAAAUUUACCAGGUUACAUUCUAGAUUAAGCUCUUUAUGUAGUAGAAAACAAGUUUUUUAAAAGCAGUGCCUCUGUGUUCAGUGAACAGUAUGUACGUGCACUUCCUUGCCAAAUUAUGGAAACACUGAAUAUUUAAAGGAGAAAACUUUAGGUCAAGUCAUUCUUGUUAUUCAACAGGACAAAAUGCAAAUUUGCAUUAUCACUUUUUAAAUUAAACAGAUUGUAAAAAAGAACUAAUUUACAGCCACUUAUUUUCAAAACCAUCACUAUUUUAUUCAGCAAAAUAGCUUAACAAUAUUCUCUGCAGAGAUGAGCCUCAGUCUUAAUCUGGCUCAAUUUAAAUUUAGUAAUUACAAUUUGUUUGCAUAUAGGGCCUUUGGAUUCUGUUCCAUGUAACCCUUGAAGUAAAAGAGUACUUACCCAGCGGAAAGCUUUGCAAGCUUGCCACACUAACAUCUGUGGUUAAAAUAAUUUACUGUCAUGUAGCUUAUUUUUCUGUGUUCUCAUUUUUUAAAUGACCUUGUACUGUGCAAGCAUAGUACACCUAAUUUACAUGGAAUUGUACAGAAACUGUUACACAGAAAUUGACCAUUCAAUGCUCCCCCAAUUCAUCAAUUCUAGUAUUUAUGCUCUACUUGAACCAUCUUCUCAACCUAUUGAAAAAGUACUUUUAUUUCUUUCUCCCUUAUGCCUUAAUCUAGGCUCCAUUUAAAUACAUCUAUGCUACUCACUGAAGUAUUCCCUUUGUUAGCAGGUCCUACAUUUUGACCAUGCUGAAAAGAAAGACGUAUUGCUAAAGCUUUUCAUCUUGCACUCAUCAGGACAAAUACAAGAAUGUUAAAUUUCAAACAAUUACAAACAUUUGGCAUUCUUGCCAUUGUCCUGAUGAUUGCAAGAUGAAAAGCUUCAUCAACAUAUCACUUUUUUUUCAGUAUUAUUCAAGUUCUGAACCUUCAAGUGGCUAGGGAAAUUUCCUUAAAUGUCUAGUUCAGCAAGAAAUUUCUCAAUUGAAACCACAUUUCACAUUCCCUGAUCUUUAAAGCAGUGUAUAGUUUAAAAAAGCCAUCCUAUGAUUACAGUUUUCGUAUAACAAUAUUUGAAUGUCAGGAAUUUAGUGGUUCGUCUUUGAUAAUUGUGUGUGUUUAAUCAACUUUGACAUUAGUUUGAUAAAUUGCACUCUUUCUGUGAGUCAAAUCCCUUCUCUCCAUUCUCUUUAAUUUUCAGCAUUUUCUGUACUUCCUAUUUGUCAAAGCUCUUAACUGAGAAACAUAUAAAUGUCUGCCAUAUUCUCAUACUUCUAGCAAGAAAUUAGCCUUAGACUGUGUUUUCUACUGUUGAUCUUUAGGAUAAUUCAAAGCAAUUCAAGAGUGAGUUAGAAAUUUGGUUUGGUGUAUGGUUCAGUGUUCCCUAUGAAUCGCAGGUUUAUUUUGUUAGUUUGUCACGUUAAAAUAAUUCUCACAUGCUCAUGCAUUUCUUAAAUUCAAGGGCAAUAUCUUUGCUGUAUGUUAGGUGAAUUAACUUCAACAAAGUUCCAGGCUUCAAAUUAUCUGGUGAAUCAGGGAAAGUGGCAUCAUUCAGCAUCAAUACCAUUCUAUGCAAAACAAUUAACAAUCAGUGUAGAUUGGAUAUUUUUCUUUCCUCAGUCACUCUUUCCUCUUACAAAUCUUUAAGCUGUUGAAAUCUGUGAUUUGUGUUGACCUAAUCAUUCUUCCAGUUUUACCUAGUCUGCUCUUUCAUGCUGUUCAACAUUGUCCUGCAAUACAAAUGUUGAUCUUUCAUCUUGAUUUCACAAUUAAAAAUAAAGUUGAUGUGUUCAGGAGACUGAGCUGAGUGAUUGAGGAGACUGGGCCAAUAUUCUCGAGAGUUUAGAAAAAUGUGAGAUGAUCUCACUAAAGUCCUUUCAGCGUUCAAUGGGGUAGAACAGGAAGGAUGUUUCUCUUAGCUGGGGUAGAAGAUUUCUAAAGCCAGUGGACAACAGGCUCAGAAUAAGAGGGUGGCCACUUAUGACUGAGAUACGGAAGAAUUUCUUCACUCAAAUGAUACUGAGUCUUUGAAAUUUUGUACACCAGAUGGCUGUGGAGCUCAGGUCAUUAGCUAUAAUCAGUACAAAGAUUGAUAAAUUUCUGGAUAUCAAAGACAUCAAGCAAAAGUGUGAGAAAAUUGCUUUGAGUUAGAAAAUCAAUCCUUCACUAGCUAAGUGGCAGAGCAGGCUCAGGCUUGUAUAAUUCCACACUCCUUUUUCCUAUGUAAAUGAUAGUCAUGUUAACAGUUUGUAUUGAACUAAAUAUACCAUUGCUGUAGGCAAUAUUAUUUCCAAUAGUCGAAUAAAUGCAAAAUACUGAGUGUGCUGAAAAUCUGAAACAAACACAAGUAAUGCUGAAGAAACUCAGCACGUCUGUCAGUAUCU